AUGCGUUCCAUGAAUUCUCACACCGAAAAAAAAUAUGUUGUUGACGAUAACAACAACGUCGUGGAUGUGGAAGUGGCUGUGGCCGACGAUAUCCAUCUAGAACGCAGAUUUGGCUUAGGCUCCGCAAUUGCAACUGGUAUUUGCACGGGAAAUACAUGGGCUGCGUUGGGUGGUACCAUUGUAACGUCGUUCUACAAUGGUGGACCUUCGGGCAUAUUACAUGAGUUCAUCGCAGUGUCUGUUUGUUACUGGUUCGUUGGUGCAUCGAUUGCUGAACUAGCAUCGGCCAUUCCAGCAUCUGGAGGUGUUUACCAUUGGGCAGCAGCUACUGCUGGAAAGAAAUAUGGCAUUGCUUGUGCAUAUUUUGCUGGAUGGUUGAACUUCUGUGCGUGGCUCUUCACGGUGCCAUCAACAUGUUGUAUUAUUGGCCAGGGCAUUGUCUAUUGCUACCAGUUGUUCCAUCCCGAAUCUGUGUUCGAGCGUUACCAAGUGUUUAUUGUAUACCUAAUUGUUUGUUGGGCCCAGGCAUUUAUCGUGAUGUUUGGCACAAAAAUGUUGCCUACCAUCAAUACCAUUGGAUGUAUUCUCAUUGUGGCCGGAUUUUUCAUUACUAUCAUCGUCUGUGCUGUAAUGCCCCAUGUUAAUGGCACUGGCUAUGCAUCUAGCAAGUUUGUGUGGAAAACUUGGGACAACCAACUGGGCUACUCCAGUGAUGGCUUCACUUUCUUAUUGGGAAUGUUGAAUGGAGCAUAUGCCGUGGGUACUCCCGAUUGUGUGACCCAUUUGGCAGAGGAAAUAGAUUCUGCCGGCAGAAACCUUCCUAUUGUGUUGCUUUGUCAGAUCAGUGUAGGGUUUGUCACGGCUAUCUGCUACAUGACUGCCAUGUUCUACGCCAUCACCGACAUUGAUGCUAUUUUCGCUGCUGGGUCGAUCUUUCCUCUUGGAGACAUUUACUUGCAGGCGACAGGAAGUAAAGGAGGUGCCCUUGGAUUGAUCAUCGUAAUUCUUCUCCCCACUUUCUGCGUGGGCAUUGGAUGCUACAUCACCUGUGGAAGAACGCUUUACGCUCUCGCCAGGGACAACGCCACGCCGCUCCCCACCUAUUUUGGCUCUAUUGAUAAGCGUUUCAAGAGUCCACUUUAUGCCACGUUAUGCUGUGCGGUGAUCAGCACAUGCAUCGGAGCCAUUUAUGUUGGAACCACCACAGCAUUCUCUGCGUUCAUUGGAAGCUUUAUUCUCUUGACCACAUCGUCGUUUCUUCUCUGCAUCAUUCCACAUCUCCUCCACCGCAGAAGCAUCAUCACUCCUGGUCCAUUUUGGUUGGGCAAAUGGGGCUUUUUGGUUAACAUCGUGGCGUGUCUUUAUAUGAUCGUCUUCUUUGUCAUCUAUUGCUUCCCAUAUAACAUGCCCGUGACGCCUGAAUUAAUGAACUAUUCGAGUGUGAUUAUUGUGGGACUCGCAGUUGCUGUUUCAUUUUGGUGGCUCUUUGCUGCUAGGAGGAUAUACAAGGGCCCAGAGUUGGAAUUUUUCGAGGUUACUGACUCAGUGAUGAGACUGGUGCAGAGCCACGGUAGUGUUGUGAGUUGA